AUUGCCAGAAGUGGCCUAUAAUUAUAGUGUCAGCCCAUGCAUUGGCCAGAUAUUCACUACUUAUUAUAGAGAACACAAAGAUGGCCAAGUACAGACUAGCUGUGGCUCUAUUAGCUGCAGCACUGGGCUUGCUUACUACAGGAACUCUAUCACAAGUAACAUCAAUCAUUACCAAUCCUCCAGCUGGCAGCACGGUAAACACAUUCCCGGAUAGUGCUGAAUUUCAAUGCUCUGUUGAAGUGAACGAUACGCAAGUACAAAUUCAGUGGUACAUCGAUGGAAAUGAACUCAGAAGCAGCCUGAUCAUCGAGGGCUAUAGCAUAUCUGCAUCAACCACUGGGACCUUUGACAGCUUUCUGACUGUCCCUGCCCCAAGAGAUUCCCCAGAAGUCUUUCCAUUUUUUUUCAAUAUAACCUGUGCACCACCUGGAUCCCCUGAGGCUUUCUAUGCCAACUUCACUUUGAUAGUUCAACUCGUAGAUCUCCGGUUUGGACCGGUGGAGGGUGAUGUGAUUGCACCUGAAGGAUUCAAUGUCUCCGUCUGUGUGGACGCAAUUAUGGUAGCUGAGGGUGUUUCGUCACCCUUCCCCAUUUCUGUUGAUUUACGAGUGCUUCCACAAUCCACAGCAUCAGGUGAUGACUAUGAUAUCCCACCAUUCGUCUCAUUUGAUGGAUUCAUGGAAGUAUGUGUGAAUGUGUAUAUUGUCGAUGAUGGUGACAAUACAGAGGACGUAGAAACAAUUGAAAUUCAGUUGGAGAAUUCGAGUAGUUCAAACGCAAGAAUUGUCCCAGGAUCGUCUAUUAGAAUGAUAUCCAUCCCUUGUACUGAGAAUGCAGUGAGACUGACUGGUGGAGUUGACAGUGAACAGGGGAGAGUGGAGAUUUGUUAUCAGGGAGCCUGGGGGUCUGUCUGCACUGCUGAGUGGGACCAACCUGAUGCACAAGUGGUGUGCAGGCAGCUGGGAUUAAUGGAACAACCGUCUGCAUACGUGAAUACCUUUGGAAAUGUUUUCCCCAAUGGAGGCGGAAGACCAGUGUUUAAUGGUGCACAAUGUGUUGGUACUGAGCCGGACCUGCUCAACUGCACCAGUGUGAGCGGUGGACUCUCAGCAAAUGUUGUAUGCCCGCUCGGUAUUGGCAAUACAAAUGCUGCAGUAGACUGUGCAGGACGCACUGAACCUUUAUUCAACUUUGAGAUGCCUCAAAUGAACUUGGUUGAGGGAGAUACUCCAGAAGUGUGUGUAGUGCUGGAGAGUGGAGUUAUCACAGUGCCAUUGAUCAUCGGGUUAGAAAUCCCACCUAUUGAGUCACCCACACCAUCAGCAACAUUUCGUGUCGACUUUAUAACCACACCUCCUCUGGAUAAUGAGAUUCAAACACUGACUCUCACCUUUAACCCCGGCCAGACGUCCCAAUGCUUCAAUGUCACACUUUUAGACGAUGAUGAUAUCGAAAAUACCGAGGAAAUUAUCUUUGAGUUAAUCUCUUCCCUGCGAUCUCCUCGUAGGCAAAGAAUCCUCCUUAUUGACAAUGACAUGAACUGUGGUAAUGGCAGUUUGUGUGUUGAUCGUGUCCAAGCCUCCACUCACUGUAUCGAUGUGAUGAGAGUGUGCGAUGGAUUUACAGACUGUGUGGACAAUUCUGACGAGACCAACUGCCCAGUUUGCCCUGGGGGCCAGUACACGUGUCUUUCAGAAGACACCUGUCUGAACUCCAGCAUGAUAUGCGAUGGCUACCCUGACUGUGUGGGCAGGCUACCUGGGCUUAGUCAAGUGUUGGGAGUAGACGAGUUUCAAGGAUGCCCUCCUGAUGGUUGUGUUCCUGGGUCUGUUGAUUUGGUGGGAGGUGUGAGGGAGAGAGAGGGAGCUGUGAGAGUGUGUAUGAAUGGCAACCGUGUCCCAGUCAGUGCCACUGGACUCUCUAUACUGGAGGCCAGUCUACUCUGCAGGGAGAGUGGGCUAGGGCAAGGUGGCUACCCAUACCCCACCAGUCGGCUGCCUACCACCACCGUGGUUACAGUGUCCUGCACAGAUGGAGACACAUCUCUCUCAGAGUGUGCCGUAAGCUUGGAAUCAGCUCCUCUUAAUCUUAUGGGUCAACAAGCCUCCCUCACUUGCAGAGCUGAGACUUGCACUGAUGGGCGUGUGAGGGUGGUGUCUGGUGAUGGGUUGGAGUCGAGGGAGGGACGUGUGGAGGUAUGCUACAGAGGAGUGUGGGGGGCCAUCCUCGAUGACAGGUGGACCAACAGAGAUGCAGCUGUCGUCUGUAGAGAGAUGGGAUACCCGGCACAAGGAGCCAUGCCAAUCUUUGGUGCUGUGUAUGAUGAUGAACUUCUGCCAUUUGUUAGCAAUGGUUUCACCUGUGCUGGUAAUGAGAGUAGUAUCAUGGACUGCCCUGGCUCCACCCCCUUCCUCGACCCGCCUCAACUGGGAACACAAUUUAAUAGCAUAUUUAACAUAGUCGGAGUGCGUUGCGAUGACUACCAGUCUAAUGGAUGCACAGACAUGGACGUGAGACUCACCUACAGGGGAGCUAGUGGCUACUCCGGCCAGUUUGAGAUCUGCAAUAACGGCAUCUGGCAGAGAACAUGUAGUAACAGCAAUUUCGAACAAAAUGCUGCUACUGCUGCCUGUAGUCAGCUCUUUGGGCUCUUUGGGUUCGUAAACCCACCUACACUGGCUACAAUUACAUCAUUUCCUGAGGUUUUGUCCGAAACAGGUCCAGCGUAUGAUAGGGCGUUAUUUUGUGGGUUAUCAGAUGCAAGUAUUAGGAACUGUGGGUUCGAACCAUCGGAUAUUUGUAACCCUGACAACCAGCCGACUGUCACCUGUCCCAGCCCUCCUGUGGUAUACGUGUCACCAAUCAGCGUGGAUCAUGUCUACCGAGUGGAGACUGGCUAUAUGCCUAGCGUCUCAUGUGCAGUUGACUUAAACACAAAUCCUUUAGCGUCUUUUUCACCAGGUGGUGGUUUGCCUGGUUUGCGCAAGAAGAGGGUGAUUGCCCAGGCCCAGUUACCUUUAGAGUCUCGUAGAGUGUUCAAUGAACCUGUCUUUGAUGGGGGGAUUAGAACAUCGACUUGUUCAGCGUUUAAUGGAGUGAAUACAACUACUGUGAACAUCACUGUUGAAGUACUUGUUGGAGAAGGACCACCAGAAUUUGCAUUUCUUCAGAUGUCAAGUUUCAGUUCUCAGCGUUUCGCACAACUUCCUAACUUGGCUACUAUUGCCCCGCCCAUCAACCUCGAACAGCUGCCAGAAUCAUUGCAGAUGCUGAUAAGUGAGAGAACACCCGGAGUGCAGAUAGUGAGUAGCUGUGCGCUCAUUGAGAGUCCAAUCGAUGUAGAGAGAGGACUGGACAGGAUCGAGUGUGAGAUAGUCCACUAUAACAGACCAGACCAGACCGAGGUGACCACAGCUGCUCAAGUUGCUACGAGACUAGGGACAUUGCUAACACUGGUGAACACGCCAGCACUAUUUAAUAUUGUAGUGAUCGAACCGGCUCAGGUGGCAUUCACUAGUCUUGAGAGUAUUGCUGUUGAGGGAGAUGGUGUUGUUACUAUCUGUUUGGCCGUCAUUAGCGGCGAGAUAACCACACCCACUAACAUAAAUCUCACAACUUUCCCCGGCUUGUUAAUUGACAGCCCCCCUGACACUGAGAUAAAUAUAGCACUUGCAAGUGAGGGCACUGACUACAACAUUGCUGGGGGGCUUGCCGAGGAUGUUAACGGGUUCCCUGUUGUCCUAACACUGACCCUCCAAAUCGGGGCCACUCAGGCGUGCUUCGAUGUCGACAUUGUGGACGAUGCUGUGUUUGACGGGGAGAGUGACCGUGCUGUUGAGCAGGUGACCUUCUCCUACUCAGGCUCCUCCCCCACAGUGGCCAGAGUCAACCUCCGUCACACACUAGUCAUCCUGGAUAAUGAUCGUAACUGCUCGGCUGAUUUUGGAUUGGGUAGUCGUUUGUGUGCCAACACGGUGAGACUCAGUGUAGACUGCAUCCUUCCGGCUCAAGUGUGUGACUUUAACACUGCCGACUGUCCCGAUGUGUCCGAUGAACUCAACUGUCCGUCUCCAAUUGAGGAUAUUGUCAACCAAACAAUAUCAGUGGAGACCUACACCAACGUCAGUGAGGUUGUGUCGUCCUUUGCUGCCCUCUCCGAGAACAGGACGUUCCUUCAGACCAUGCAGUUUCUGAAUGAUGUGUCCACCGUGUUGAACAACAUCGCUAACUUGACCAACACCACAAAUACUCGUAUUAAUGAAACGGUGGUGACAAAUUUGGGUCAGACUUUGAACUCCCUCAUACAAUGGCAGCCCUCCAAUCUUGAGGUCGACACCACCUCCAGAAUUGUUGAAUCUUUUGAGGAGGUGGCAACACAAUUUGCACAACAGUCCAACCUCACUAUGGAAUUCACUGAUUUCACAAUUGUCAUUGAACUGGGGGCAACUGAAACAUUUAUGAGAGAAGGAAGAACAGAAGACUUUACCCGUAUAGCUGGAGUCUCCGCCUCCAUCGCACUCCCACCCUCGCUCUUCAACCAGGUACCAGCUGACAGACGCAUCAUCGGUGUGUACUUUGCACUCUAUGAAAACUCCGCUCUUUUGCCGACAAACUUGUCAGCUGUAGUGAGGGACAACGUGACGGUGCAGGAGACGUUUGUGGGUACUCCUAUUGUGGCCGCUACCGUGGGACCUGGUAUUGACUUUGGUGACGAUGUUCCCCUCAAUCCCCCUGUAGUCAUCACACUAGGCCUGCUACCUCUAUCAGAGAACGCAAGUGCUAACCUCGGCACUGCUCGCUGUGUGUCCUGGGACUUCGUCACUGACAGCUGGAUCACAGACGGUUGUACCACUGAAGUGGUGAAUGAGACCACUUUCCGUUGCAGCUGUACCCAUCUCACCAAUUUUGCUGUGCUCGUUGACAUUUGCCAAAGAGCUCAGGACUGUGUCAAUAAUGAGAUAGUGGAUCAGGUGCUCUCCUUUAUAAGCUACAUAGGCGUAGCGCUGUCUUGCGUAGGACUGGUGGUCACAAUUAUCACUCUAAUUUUGUUCAAAAAACUGAGGGAGAGAGACAACUCGAAGUACCACAUCCAGCUGUCCAUAGCCAUCCUGUGCAUGCUCAUUGUGUUUGCUGUGGGUAUUGAACGUAUCGAGGUGUACGGAGGCUGUGUGUUUGUGUCCAUCCUCAUCCACUACUUCUCUCUGGUGGCCGUCAUGUGGAUGGGGGCAGAGGCCUUGCUCAUGUUUCAGAAACUAGUCAUAGUCUUCAUGAGUAUCACGACCAAGUUUAUUGUCAUUCUGUCUCUAGUUUGUUGGUUGUUCCCUCUGAUUCCUGUCCUCAUCCCGAUGAUCAUUGAUCUGGCUGACGGGACAACUCCCGAGACAGACCUCAUCAUCACUAGGAAUGUGGACCCCUCCACUGGAGAUGUCAUUGGAGGAUUCUGCUUCCUCAAGCAUCCUGGAGUGUUCUUUGGUGCUUUCCUGGCUCCUAUAUUUGCCAUUAUCCUCUUCAACAUGGUCAUCUUCAUCUGGGUCAUUGUCAUCCUCCUAAAACACACUCGCGGAAAAAUAGAGAGAUCAAGUGAAAAAAUGAGUUCCAAGACUGCCCUCAGACUCCUUGUGAGCAUCUCAGGUGUUAUGUUCCUGUUCGGCCUCACCUGGCUAUUUGCUGUCUUCACGUUCAGUAUUGAUGGUAGCAACGUUGUUCGAACUGUCUUCCAAAUUUUGUUCACUGUCUUUGUAGCAUUCCAAGGCUUUUACAUCUUUCUGUUCUUUGUUGUCUUCAACUCAGAGGCCCGUGAAUCAUGGAGAGAGUUUCUAUCGUGUGGCCGCUACAAGUCCGAGCUCCUCCACCCCUCACAGUAUAAGAACACAAGUUCUGCGGGAACAGGAACUCGUACUCACAAGACUAAGACGGGCACCACCAUUGCAUCAUCUGCUGUAGUCAACACGAACAGCAAAUCAGCCAAUCUCGAUUCUGAGGCUGGCCCACUCCCAGAGAAAAUUGAUUUGAACAAUAAUGAUGAGAAACCAACAGAUAUUCCGCUAACAUCCACGGGUCAAGCACAACUAGCUGAAGAAGGAGUGUCUACUUUCAGUCACCCCAAUAUCGUUGUCGAGAGUCAAGUGGACGGAGAUGACGAUGAGAAGACACCUCCAAAUUGGUCAGACGCAAGCCCUGUUGCCAACGCCAGAGUCAAGCGCUACUCUACAAAGAAGGCUUCCAAGCACCACAUUGAAGAGUAUGAGAUAGACUUUGAAAAUGGUGACAGUGACCAAGAAGUGCCUGAAACUUAGAAUCAUCAUACUCAUAUUCCGAUUGUAACUGACUGUGUAGUGUUAAUCAUACAGUGUAGCUAGGCUUUAUAAAAUCAUGUCAUCACAUGCAGGCAAGCAUAUCAGUAGUACCAGGAGUACCGGUGUCGGCAUCCCCUGCAGUACUAAUAUUCAAUCAUA